AGCUUCGGCCCCGCCCGGGAUUCAACAACAGCGACGGCGUCUCCAAGCUCGAUCCCGCAGCCAAGCACCCUCCAAGGCCGCCUCGCACCAGCAGACAAUCGCACAUAUCAAAGGAUGUCUUGGGAAGAUGACGAGCGACCCUCGUUGGGGUCAUCGUCCGCCUCGGUGCUCAACAGCACCUUUGGAAUGAAGGAUCAGGGCAACAGCGGCCUCAGCUUUGCGCAAGCGCAGCUGAAAAAGUUUGGAUGGGAAAAGGGACAGGGCCUGGGAAGGAACCGAGACGGAAUCAACAAAGCAGUCUCGGUUGGAUACAAGAACGACGCCCUUGGAGUGGGUGCUAAGCCAGACGAGUGGGGGUUCGCUUGGUGGGACCAUGUUUUCAAUCAAAAGACAGCCUCGAUCAAGAUCGAAAAGGACGACAAUGGCACCGUCCAAGUCAAGGCCGAGACCGAGGCGGAAGAAAAGGCCAAGAAGGUCGCUCUCUAUGGUGGAUUCGUGAAGGGAGGCACGACCGAGAAGAAGAAAGACUACUCUAUCAAGGUCACCGAUGCGGAGCUGCUCAAGGCAUGCGAGGGCCGGACAGCCCGCAAAGGUGCCCGAGCAGGCAACCAAAUGGCAAAGCUGGAGCGAGUCGAUGCCAAAGCAGCCCAAAUGCUGCGGGCGGCCCAAGGCAGAGUCGACGACGAUGACCGGAGCGAGGACUCUGGCGACGGCAUGUCUGAUAAGGCCCUGAAGCGGCCACUGGAAGCCGAUGAUGCCCAAAGAAGCGACACCCAGCAACCGACCAAGAAGGCCAAGAAGGAAAAGGAGAAGAAGGCCAAGAAGGCCAAGAAGGAGAAGAAGGAGAAGAAGGAGAAGAAGGAGAAGAAGGAGAAGGAUAAGAAGAGGGAGAAGAAGAGGGAGAAGAAGGAUAAGAAGGAGAAGGAUACCGAUAUGGCCGAGAACGGAGAGAAGAACAGUAACAAGGAAAAGAAAAUGAAAAAGGCCAAGAGCGAGACCACUCUCCCGGAGAGCGGGUCGGCGGUGCUUGCAAAGAACCAAGCGCCAGCCGGUUCCCAUGGAUCCGAGAAGCGCUCCAAGAGAAAAUCGCGUGUCGAUACCGAGGAAGCUAGUUCAUCAGGAGCCUCGGAGACCAAGAAGCGGGCCGCGACCAAGUCGGUCGACAAAGCCCCUAAAGCAUCCAAAUCCAAGCGAACAAAGUCCGAGCAAGCGUAGGAGCAGUGGAUCCUCGGCUCGGAGCGAAGGGGUCGCAGAUGUGUGCUUCGGGUUCGUCACAAUCCUCGUAGUCCUCUCAGUCCUCGCAAUAGAGAAUCCUCCAGUCCAACGAAUGUGGCCGUGUGUUUUCGGCAGUUCCCUUUGAGCACAUCCCGAGGAGACGAGGAGGAUAGCAUCUGCGUGGUCGAGGGUACGUUGAGUGUAAAAAAAAGGCAGGUGCAGUUUAUUGUUCCGCAGAGUUGUUCUUCCAAAACCC